CAUGUCCAGUACGUAUUUCAACGACAUCUGGCACACUGCCCAACAUGAGUGCGAGCUGCUCUCAACUAUCGACUACGAAAGGCAGCAUCAGGAGUUGGACACGACAGUGGCCACUUUGGGUUCUGUGGCCGCCGAUGCAGAUGCCAAGGCCCUGCUGCAAGCCAGUCUCUACGAGUUCUAUCUCCGCUACAUCUGCCUAAGCAAUCGUCUGGAGGAUGUUUAUGACAACAUGAUUCAGCCACAGAAGCGCCAGUUGGUGCGAAAACUGCUAGACGCUUGUCUGGGACGUGUGGUUGAGCUGAAGCACGAUCUGGUGAACAUUGACCUAAUGGAGUUUAGUUAUAAUGACGACGUCGUGGAGCGGUUGCGGCUCACGCCCAUGGAUACGGAGUUGCGGGUUCCACGUUAUUUCCUGCGAGAGAGGCAACAGGAACUAGAGUUCCGAAAGAAAACUAUGCAGGAGAUUCUCUUUAAACUUGGCUGGCUGGAAGAGAACGAAAUGGAGGAGACAAUCACCACAGAAAUCGAAGCCAUUCGGAUGCUUCAGAUGCAUGAGAGAGCCCGACAAGGACGCUUGCGGGCUCAUUUCAUGAAGGAAAUCCGAAUCCUCAAGGAGAAAGGCAAGUCCGAGGAACGGAGUGAAAAGGAACGCAGCGACUCUGGGCUUCUGGCUGCCAUGAAGAUCCAGAAGAUGUGGCGAGGUCACACAGCCCGCCGCAUCACACGACGACGCAAAAUGGAGGAGAUGAUCUUGAUCGGCAUGCUGCCGCCACCGCCGGCUGUACUCAAGGAGCGGGCAGAAAAGUUGGAGAAGUUACAGCACAAUGAGAAGCGCUACCAGGCACAGGCUCUCUACGGGGAGCAGUUUGAAGAACGGCAGCGGGUGGUUCAGGAGGAGAUCCGGACCAAGCAUGGCGCCAGCAUGAAGGAGGACAUCGCUGACGAGAUACGAGGCUGGGUAAAGGACUGCUACGAUAAAACUGGCAAGCUGCCAGACUUCCCGUCUGAGGACCAAGGGGGAUCCUUGCAUAUUUUCAGCCGGCCGGGCACCGAGAGCGAGCACAGCCGAUCGUCGGCAAGAUCCUCUAAGGAGUCGCGUAAGACCAAGGAUAAAUCCAAGUCACCGGCGCGUAGCGGUGAUCUCAAUGUUAACGAAAACCAGGAAGAAGAUAUGAGCUUUCAACCGGCACAGUCAGUCUGCCUGCCAGACAUCCGUGCGGAGAUCGAUCUUUUUAACGACACCUGGCGGGACAAGGACGAGACUGGCGUGCUGAGCCAGGCAGCUUACGAGGAUAUGAUAUACAGCGACAAGUACCAGGAGGUGGAGCUAGAGUUCCGGCGCGCCGUCGAUGAUGUUAUGCGGCAGGAGAUCGAGCUCCUGCAAACGGCUGUUGGUAAGAAAGUAAAGAAGAGCAGCAAGAAGACUCGCCGCUCUGGCAAGAAGAGCAAAAAGAAGAAGGAGAAGGAUCUAACUCCAGACCGCACUACCGAGUCGCUCUACGAGGAGCUGGUCACAAACGGAAUUAUCAGAAAGUAUCCUGAACUGAAGCUUAAGCAGUUUCUUGGUGAUAAGGCCCUGACUGCCAGAAAUGGAACGAAUCCAUCUCCUGGCGACAUCCGGCAGAUCCUCACGGAAUACUGCAUUCUACCACUCGGCUCUGAAGCCAUUCACAACUGCACACCGCUCAUUCGAUCUGUCUUGCUCGCCGGGCCCAAGGGAUCCGGAAAGAAGGCUCUUUUGCACGCCAUUUGCACGGAGGUUGGAGCUGUGCUUUUCGAUUUGACUCCGGCAAAUAUCGUCGGAAAAUAUCCGGGAAAAUCAGGCCUUAUAAUGCUUAUUCAUCUGGUGCUCAAGGUGUCCAGGUUGCUUCAGCCCGCGGUCAUUUACAUGGGAGAUGCAGAGCGUCCGUUCAUGAAAAAGAUUCCAAAGACUGACAGAACAGAUCCCAAGCGACUAAAAAAGGAUUUGCCCAAGCUUAUAAAGAAUAUUGCACCAGAAGAUCGCGUUAUUUUUGUGGGAACCUCAAAUCUGCCGUGGGAAGCUGACCAGAAGCUCCUGCAGUCGGUCUACAAUCGAUUCAUUUAUAUUCCACGUCCGGAUUACGGAGCCAUGUCGCAUGCUUGGAAAUCUUUGCUUCACCAAUAUUCUGGUGGUAUCUCCAAUCUGGACACAAGUGUCAUGGCCAAAAUUUCCGAUGGUUAUACUAUUGGAUCUAUUGAUGCUUGUAUUAGGGAGGUGAUGACCUGCAAGCGGAAAUUGCAAUUGCGCACUCAGCCCCUGACCAAUGCCGAACUUAUAAAUGUCUUGUGCUCUCGAGAUCCUGUCUAUCGCGAAGAAGAGGAGGCUUUUGAGUCCUGGUGGUCCAAGACACCUCUGGGUCGCCGUCGUCAACGGUUUCUGGAAUUGGAGGAGGAGCGUCUCAUAGAGGAACAGGCCCAGGCGGCUAAGCAGGGCAAUGGAAAUAAAAAGAAAGGACAAAACUAA